AUGGCAAAGUUCAACAUCUUCAUCAUGGUGGCUUUGAUCUUAGCAAGUGGAGUCAUGGCCUCACUUGCACAAAAAAAGAUAAGCCCACCAAAGCAUGUACCAGGAUACCCCUUGCACUUGUUGCAUUGUGCUAGGAGAGUAGAAGAUGAGUGUGGGAAAGAAAUAUUCCUUGGAAUGUUUGAGAAAUUACCUGUGUCUAAGAAAUGCUGUCUGCAGCUUAUUAAGAAAAUGGGAAAAACUUGUCACGAUGAUUUGGAUAAGGCAAUUGUUCACUUACCAGAUUACUCAUCAAGGGCUUCCAAGGCGAUUCCCAAGGGUAAUCGGAUAUGGCAUAAGUGUGCUUUGGUUGCCCGGCAUAUUUGA